UCCCCCAGGCCAAAACCCCCAGAAUUGUAGGUUUUUCAGCGGUGCUUCCUUCGUUGCAAGCCAAGGAAAUGGAACAACCAGCGACACCAACAGCCGUUCCUCGAAAACUUAGUGACAGAGACAACAACAACAACACGAGCAGCAGCAAAACAAAGAGGAAAAUCCCGACACCACAAGAGCUAAUAUCCCAUUACGAAACCCAAGGCCUGGAUGCCCAAGAAGCUUCCGUCAAAGUCAUUGAGGAUCUCCAGAACGUGGUGAUGAGGGUCGUCUCGUCCAGCACCAAGCCCAAGAAAGACAAGUUCUUGAUUGACGCUUCCAGAAAGAUGGACAGUCUCAACAACAGGCUGGCGGUUGUGGAUGUGAAGCUCGACUCCAAGCCUGGCUAUUUGGAGUCUUUUGCGAUUGGGGUUGCUUCCGGGGCUGCUUUCAAUGGCAUCAGCAGUGUUUUGCCUCAUAUUUUUGAGGGUAUUGCCCAGAUUUGGUCUUCUGUUAGGACUGCUACAAAGCCUUCUCCUUAAAUGUGCUUUAGAGUUUUGCUUUAGAGUUUUGUUUUGUUUUGUCUGGCUUGUGUUGGUUUGGGAAUUUGAGAUAAGAGAACUUCAAUGCUACUG